UCCGAAUGCCGCCAUAUUGAUUCACGGAUUGAGCUGCAUUGUGGGUUACAGGCUGGGCUACCAAGUAUAAACAUGGCGGACGUGAAGACGUUUUUCACUAUCAGAGUGACGUGCUUUUUUGCUUUGAUUUUGAGGAUUUUCCUUAUCGCUUACGGCGAAUGGCAAGACAAGAACAUGGUGGUGAAGUAUACGGACAUCGAUUACCAUGUCUUCACGGACGCUGCACGCCACAUGGUGGAAGGCAACUCGCCAUAUUUGCGACCGACAUAUCGCUACACUCCUCUACUUUCUCUUAUCCUAACUCCAAAUAUUACUCUACACAUGUCUUUUGGGAAAGCUCUAUUUGUACUAUUCGAUGUGCUAGCUGGAUAUUUAUUAUAUAAGAUUCUUUGUGUAAGAGGCUGUGCUGAUCGCCGGGCUGUUUUUGCGUCAUGGUUAUGGCUCUUCAACCCACUUCCUUUAACUGUAUCGUCCCGUGGCAAUGCGGAAUCCUUAAUGGCCGUGUUGGUUCUUGCGACUAUCUACUUUGUCCUUGUCAAAAACAUUUCAAUGGCUGCGAUACUUUUUGCACUUUCUGUGCAUUUUAAAAUCUAUCCUAUUAUUUAUAGCUUACCGCUAGUUCUACUUGUUGGCGAUAGUGUUUAUAGCUGCAAAAAAUCUGAAGUGCAUAAACUGAAAAAUGAACGAAAUUCACAGGGAUAUGUUCGUCAAGCGCUUAUGUUUAUAUUUCAUCCUCACAGAGUUAAGUUUGCAGUUGUUUCUGCAAUAACCUUUUUAGGAUUAACUGGACUACUGUAUAAAAGGUAAGGCUCCUGGUAAUCUUAACCUUUUAAGCCCUUUAGGGUGCUGGAUAUAAUAGAGAGCUAAAGUAAAGACGUUUUUGAGUGAUACUUGUCAACCAAAGUGGACCUUUUGCAUCUGGUGUAGUAGUGUUGCCCCAGUUUUUUAGGCAAAUAUUGUCUCUAUAAGAGUAGAUACAAAUUUGGGCUUAACUGCAGAAUGCCCAGCCAUUUCAAAGCUAUACCCCUGUAACAGUGGCUACAUGGCUAUGCGGCUACAGGACUACUUAAAAUACCCAGCCACUUCAAAGCUAUUACCCCUCGUGUAGCUAAAUAACGGUGUGCCCCAGAGGUUUGGGUUACGGUUAGGGUCAGGAUUAGUGUUAGGGUUAGGGUUGGCAGAACUUAACGUCUGUUCCCAUCUGCAGAACACCCACAAAAGGACAAACCUGACUGGCUAAUGAUUAGCCACUUAGCCACAUAGCCACUGUUAUAGGGGUAUAGCUUCAAAAUGGCCAGGUGUUCUGCAGUUACUCCCAAAUUUGAUACUGUAAAGGCAUGUUAAAAUGGAAUUCAAAACUAGUUGAGGGUUGGAUCACCUACAUCAAGGGUUAUAAUUCCUUCUCUACCCAUUCUUCCUCAGUUAUAAAAUCAAAGAUGGUGGCCAUGGUGUUGCAAACAUAAACAAGCAACUUAUGCGCCGAUCGAUUUAAAACUUCAACAUCCCCAGAGUCGAUCCCCCUGGGAUUUGAACUUUUUAAAAUAGGCCCAUUCAAAUUCCCAUCACAGUACAUUAGCCCAAUGUAGUUGUCAAAUGGCCCUCCCUAAGAAGAAAUGUUUUGCAAUUUUCCAGUCUUCACAUAAUGUUGAUUGGUAACUGAACUACAAAAAUUAAACACUCGAUCUUGUUUUUCAUGAUUAUACCUUUAAAAAUGCACACCUGUAGCGUUUGAAGUCCUUACCAAAUAAACUGUUCGUUUACCUUUAUAAUCCUGCAUCUCGCCUUUGAGGAAGAUCGCAUCUAUUGAACCACAUUGUUAGACCCACAUCAUCCAAAGGUGUUAACUUGAAACUUCUGGUUCAAAUUCCCCACCCCACCAGGUUAUGGUCAAAUUCCCCACUCACAAUUGAUGGUCAAAUUCCCAGGGUUUGCCAGGGGGGAUGUUGAAGUUUCAAAUAGGUUCACCCAGAAAAAACAUCUGCAUUGCAGGCUAACUUUUGAGUGUCUCAGCAUUAUUUUUUUUCUACAGGUAUGGUUUUGAGUUUCUUGAGCACACAUACCUAUAUCAUAUCACCAGAAAGGAUGUUAAGCAUAACUUUUCAGUGUAUUUCUACAUGACGUACCUGGUUGAAGGUUCUAGAUGGUCAAUUGUCCUCGGUCUGGCUUCCUUCAUUCCCCAGCUUGUUCUGACAGUUGUGUUUGGUAUUGUGUAUUAUCAUGACAUUUCUUUCUGCUGCUUUGUGCAAACAUUUGCAUUUGUUACCUUCAACAAAGUUUGCACAUCACAGGUAAAAUAGUGAGAGGCAAAUAUCAAACAUGAGAAGCUGAGAAGAGAUUUCUCAAAAGUUUUGCAAACCCUUAAAUUCUUCUGGGGUUUGCAUAACUGUUUUGAAUUUCUUCAACACCCUCUCAUGUUUAUAAUAAUAAUAAUUAUUAUUAUUAUUACUAUCAUUUUUCAGUCUCAUUUCUGUAACCUUGCUGUAUACCUUAUUACAUGCAAAUUGAACACUAUUUUGCAUUUCUAAUGUUAGCUGUUGCACUCAUAUUGAAUUUCCUAGUACAAUAAUAAUUAUUAUUGUACUAGAAAUGCAACUUACGGGUAGUUGCAACUUAGCCAACACCGGCCACCCAAGCAAAGUUAUUCUUUUUCUUUGCAGUAUUUCCUGUGGUACCUGUGUCUUUUGCCGCUUGUUGUGGAUUCAGUAAGCAUGACAUUACGCAGAGCAUUACUUCUCACUGUGACAUGGUUUGUUAGCCAGGUAGGUGAAACGAUGUUCAGCUUUAUCUAGAAUUUUCUCACGUACUGUAUGAUGUCACAAAAGCACAGCUGGCUCUAUCAAAUGCUUAUAUCUAAAGACAGAAUAACCUGUACAUUUUGUUUGUUGCAUAGGCAAUAAAGAAAGUAAUUAUUUGCUGGGAGAUACCUGCAUACAGACUAAAUAGAGAGUUCUGGGGUAGGUGUUUGUAAAAGCCAUUAGAGCCCCAGAUUAAGAGAGAAGUACUCAAAAUCAGAUACAGAUUCAAAAAGAUUCAAGAUACAGUUGAAUCUUUUCUUUCCACCACCUCCUCCCCCUACCCCCACCUCAUUAUGUCCAUUAUAAACAAUUCUCUUGAUCUUAGAGACACUUAACUUCAUACAAACCCUAUCAGUAUACAUUGGAACCUCUAUAGACCUUGUCAGGGUUUUUGAUGCCAUCUUGACGAGUAGGCAAAUGUGUGAGAAAUUACAGUGUUUGUAUGAGAAUCUAAUGUCGAACAAUUUCUGUAAAAUGCCUGUUCUGAAAAAACUAUGACUUGUAAACUAAAGCUACGAAACAAAGGAUUGUACUAAAAAAUUUGGGGGGCGUACCUGUGCUUAAAUCUCUCCAGAGGCUUUCUUUAGAUUUUCCAUAUAUAUGUCUGUAAUUUUUCCUGGGACUUUCUUACAGACAAAUGUAUAGAAAAUCUAAAAAAGUGGUUCUAGGUCUUUUAGAGCACGUAACCGCCCCAUUUUUUUCAGUAGAAUCCUUAGGAAUGAAGCUUUAGUUUACAAUUGAUAUUUUUUUCAGAACAGCCAUUCUGCAGAAAUUAUUCAACAUUAGAUUCUCAUACAAACACUGUAAUUUUCAACGUGUUUGCCUACUCGUCAAGAUGGCGUCGAAAACCAUGACAAGGUCUUUUUCAAGGUACACACUUGGAACCAAUCAAUGGUUUGUCUUGUCUCUACAUAACUUACCCUAAUAAACUGUUCUUUUCUUCUUGACUAUGUUAGGGCCUCUGGCUGAUUGCUGCAUACUACUUGGAGUUUGAAGGAAUGAAUACAUUUGUGUUUGUUUGGGCUGCAAGUAUAGUGUUUUUCGUCAUCAAUGUUGUGAUUUUAAAUCAGAUUAUUCAACAUUAUAAAAUGAACAGAGCAGUAAAGAAAGCAGUGUAAACAGUUCAUUUGUCAAUUUGUGGUGAGAAUUUGAUGAACAAGAAUACUUGAAAACUUACCAAUGAAAGCUUGUUGUGUUGUUGCCUUCUGAGCUGUGCAUAUUUGAUGUUAAACCAACUAGGGAGGGAAAUUCAUGAACUGAUUUACAUUUCUCUUUUUUAAGUACACAGGGGCGGAUCCAGGACUUUUUUUAGGAGGGGGUGCAAGGCUGCUGCCUAAGAAAAAUUUUAGGGAGCCCUUCGGGCUCCUAAAGUUUAAAGUUAGGAGCCCGAGCCACAUUGUUAGGAGCCCAGUUUGAAAUCCAUGUAUUGUUUUUCCAAGAUCAUUACAUAGGUUAUAGAGGUUCUUGCACACUUUAAUAAGAAUUCGCCGGGCCUAAUAAAUAACACGUAAACAAGAAUUAACCGAAUUAUUUACUUNGGGGGGGGGGUGCGCACCCCCUGCACCCUCCCCCUAGAUCCACCCCUGGUACAGAUUUUGUUCUUCUUUUGCGUAAUCUUUUUUGUUUCUUUCUCUCUUUUCUUUUUCUUUCGGUUUUUGAAAUUUUUGUUUGUAAAAACACUUUGUUAGUGAUCCUUACACCCAUCAAAAGAAAGAUCUUUUUUUAAGUUUUUCAAGUGGGGUGGGAAGAAGGGGUUGGCUUUUGCGUAGAAUAUUUCCUUGUUGGUGUAUUCUUGAUGGAAACCAAAAAAUGGCUCCUGUAACCCUAACUGCAUUCCAAUUUCGCACUAACCCUCGGUUAAUUUAACCCAUCUUUGGACAACCCGGGCCGGAUUUGAAUUAUAUCUAGGGGAUUUUAGAAGUUACAGGAUAUAAUAUAAAAAGUGUUGCACUACGCCUGUCUGUCAAUCGAAUUUUCGGCGGCCUUCCUGCGCCUGCGCUCUUCUCACAGCAACCACGCGUGACGUAGACGGUUUUUGUCGAUUAUUGCGUCGCGCGCCAAGAUGCGAUGCAUAGCAACAAGAAAACAACAAAACUGUGAAAAGAAAACACGAAAAAGAGCAUGUUCUUGGUAGGAUAGCAAAAAUGGACGUCAACGAACCUUUAGACAAUUUAGACACGCUUCGCGGUAAGAUCAUUUCCCGUAUAACUUGCUUCCCUUUUUCUUCGUUUGUUCAAACGCUUAAACUUACUUUCCGCAAAUGCUUUACUUCUCUACUUUCACCAGGAAUUGCAAGCGAAGAACUCUUUGAAAAACUUUUGAGCGAUUCCGCUUUUGUUGAGUAUUUGAAUACGUUCCUUUCGCUUCCGGUAAGUAUUAAUUAAACAACAAAUGACACAAAUUAAUUGACUUUUUAGCGAUAAUCGUUAAAAGCGAGUAACAAAGCAAAGUUUUCUUUAGUCAAAUCAUCUUAUUGCAAGCAAGCGAGUGCGAAGCGCGCGAAAAUUAUUUCAACUUUUUAAGAUUAUUUAUGGUGGCUUUCCAUCAUAGGAGACCGCCCUAUAACUCAGUAAAAACUAGUGGAACAAACUAAGGAAAAUGGAAUGAUACCAGGGAGUUCAAGGAACCGCGACUUCGACGGAAACGAGAAUGUCAAAAAAAAAAAGGUUAAAUGACCAAAACAAAAACUCUGCACGUGCACCAUUCGUUUUUGUACAUUUCUUGGCCAUCACUGCACGACUAUAAUCAUAAAUAGAAAACCCUCCAAUGUGACGUAUUGUAGAGAACUUAGACACUCGACGGCAAAGUUUUCUUUUUCUUUUUAAACUUCGAUCUGCUCCCUAAAAAUUCAAAUCCAGGAAAACUCGCUUCCAUUUAACCAAUUGAACCAGCUGAAAUAACGCCAUAAAUUUUAAAAGAACGCCAAUGCAUUUUAUAAAUGACGUCCUGGUUGCUUCAAAUUCCUGUUGUUCUAUCGAAACAAACUCAACCUGAAAAGUUUCUGAACCGACCAAACGUUCCACUAAAGUUUUGACCGGAAUUUCGAUUUCUUCUCAGUGAGCUGUGAUUGGAAAUUAAAAUUAUGAAAAAUGGAAAGGUGAGUUUCGUUUGCACCGGACCGACUGGCCAAAAAGAACCAUAUCUGGAGGCAAACCACCUUUUCCAGGCCGAAAUGUUAGUUUAUGUUUCGACCGAAAUUUUCAGAAAUUUUUGGAAAUAGGUGAUUUUAAUUUGUAACAUAUAGAAUGGAAUCGGAAUCGGAAACGCAAUCGAAGAUGGUCAUAGUUUCAUGUAGCCCGGCUGCAAUGCGGUGUUCCUUCUUUGUUAUGUAAACUUUUAGGGCCAAAUACUCAAACGAAGUCUAACUUAAGCCGCGGUUUAACGAAUCUUUGAACCUCCAGAUCUCUUCUUUGAUUGGUUGUUUUAAGAAGAUAAAUGCUUGUCUUUUUUUCUUCUGUAUGCUUUCAUAAAACUGUUCACAAUAGAUGAUGUUUAGAUAAAAUAGUUUGGCAAAUUGAAAAUGACUUAGAGCGCGGUUUUGUUAAACACUGCAUGGCUAAGCUACGUUUAAAUAUUUGGCCCUUAUAGUUUAUCCUAUAUUUUUUGCCUCAUGGGUGAAAUAUUGCACAGUCACAAUUUUGCCCAGUAAAUUUCCUAAACAGUGGUAUAUUCACCACAAGAUCAAUAAGCGGAUUCACGUGCUUCGUAUGAUUGGAACACCGAUUCAUGACUUGAAAAACGAUAAUGUGGUUUUAAAAAUGUCUGGAUUUGUUAUGGACGGAGCCUUAGAUAAAUUCAUCUUCAUCUUUAGUGGAUAGGAUGAAGUUCGGUUUUUUCACUCGGAGCCGCAUUAUCCCACUGGGGUGGACUUAGGAGAGACAUGAAAGACCGUGACGUCCAUAGUCGAUAUUUCGACUACCCGCACCGAUCUAAUGCCCAUGGUAAUGGAGAGGAGAUGUCGUUACGUCAGAUUGCCAUGGUAGCAAAAUUUCUAAAUCUCAGUAAACCUUGGUUCUGCAAAUAUGGCAGAAAAAACGAAAAAUUGACAUGUAUGAGUUUUCUAUUCAUGACUGCACUCACGUAAGAAAACAGUAGCCAAUGCUUUUCUUUCAUGGUUCGACAAUGCAAAUGGCCGUCUCUGUCAAGGAAGAAUGUUGAGAUCCAGAAAUCUUGCUACCAUGGUAACCUGACGUCACACUUCUCCUCUCUAAACUAGACGAACUACGAAACAAGUGAUCAAACUCUUUUUCCACCUUUGUCCUGUCCAAAACGGAUAAUGCAUCUUGAGAAGAAAACGGUCAUUGUCACAUCCCUGAAUGUCAGAUCGAGUGAGUUUCUGUUAUGGCUCUUUUUCACUCGGAGGUUAAAACAUGGCUGUUACCAUAGUGUCACAUAGCGGCCUUCGGUGUUAUUUGUUUGAAAUGUACAUUUGCUUUCGUGACACUCUUGACAGGUAUUUGGUAAACGAUUAACUUACAACCCAGCAGAGGAUAAUUUCAGCAUCGACCCUCCCCCGCCACGGACAUGUUAUGUAAGUAAUGACCAAGCCUAAAUUUGUAAUAUGUUCUCCCUACAGACUUAUUGCUGCGUCAUGGAAAGACAAGUUUUGGAAGAAUACCGUGACUGCCUUGGAUGCCGAUAGGCGUGCCGCGUGUCAAAAUGCAGCAUAAACCGCUACCAUCGUAGCCCGAUUCUCAGACGUCCCCCUUCGAGGGAGAGAAGCGAAGGGGCCGCGGGCGACCUCGGACGUCUGAGAAUCAGGCUACCAUCAUCGUGGGAAGACGUAACUUUGACGUCAAUUCACUGAUCGCAAUGAACUAGCUGACAGGCGAUUUAAAAGCUCGCUAUUAGUAGCAAGGGUGGCGAUGCAUAGUACAGUAACACAAAAGUAACACAAAUUAUGGAUGAUUUCGGGCUACGGGUUACGGGCUAAUUGUGUAUCAUAGUAGAAUAGUAUAAAUUGACAAGUAAACUGUUUUACGUUAUAGCUGGCCUGUUUCCCUCUCUGCAAUGAUCUAGUAACUUGAUUAAGGCUAUACAUUCUAAUUUUUUUUUUCUUGAUAGCACCUACCACAUUAUCGAGUGAAAAAGUGGGUGAGAAAUGAAAGGCUGCACCUUUUCUGGAAAACAGAUUUGUUCCUUGAGUACCUGUUAUAUGUCCAUCUUAAGAAAGCUGCUGGCUCAUCAGGUUAGCUACGCUACCCGCUAUUAACAAAUGCAACCUCGGGAGAUGAUCUUUCAUCUAUAAGCUAUAUGCUCGCAGUAAAAUGCCGCUUAUAGGUGAUGUUACACGGGACGAUUCGCAACAACGAUUUUGAGCGCAACACAGCGUAGCAAUAUUGAAACAAUGUUGCAGCCAUUCGAUGCAACGUCGCAAAAAUGUUGUAGUGCUGCGUUGCGCUUAAAAUCGUCGUUGCGAAUUCUACCGCGUAACAUCACCUUAUCCCUGGGCUUAUACGUCUUCGUAGGGGGGCGGAGGGGGGGUUAGGGCUUAUCAACCGAGGGGUAUUUGGGGGAGCUUAUAAGCGGCAGUUUUAGUGCUGUAAAGGGUAGCGGUUUCUAAGCAAUUACGUUUGGAAUAGUUUAUAGAAGCUAAACAUUCUGGUCUAGAAAAGGGUACAAGAAACAGAUGGAGGAUUAAAAUACAGCACGAUUCGUACAUCAAGCCUACUGUGAUCCACCUCAACACUAACCUGCGUACGUGCGUAAAAUUUACGUUCGCAAAUAAAAUAGAGGCAAUGCAUGAAAGGUUGCUCGUAAGCGUAAAAGUUGAACCUCGCUCAACUUCACGUUUAAUCUCAACACUUUAUGUGGUGCCUCUUUUUUAUUUACUGGCGUGAUUAAAAUUUACGUAUGUUAACGUGCAUCAUCAAAAACGCGUCAGUGGAAAUCAACCUUAACGGUUUGCGGUGAAACCGAUCGGCAGGAAAUUUUGUUUCAACCUACAAUAUUGAGGUUUUACAAGAUCAUAUGGUUUGCCGUUGUGACAAAUUUUGGUAAAUUUUGUUGUUUUGUUUGUUUUUACUUUUUAAAGUGGUUCUACGUUUGCGCCCUCCUUUUUUUCCCAACACACUAACCUGCAAUACUUGUGCCAAAAUGUUCCUUUCGGCCUUUGCAAUAACUCCCGCGGGGAGUAAAAUGUGCUCUGAAAGUUCUUGGAUAUACAGUGAAACCUCGAUAUAACGAAGAGCCAAGAGACUGACAACUGAAUAUGUUCUCUAUAAGGAGGUUUCGUUUUAUCGAGUUUUUUUUCAUGUAUUUCACUAUUACUGUGGUAAUGAAAAUUGUUCGUCAUACCGAGGACUUCGUUGUAUAGAGGCUCCACUGUACUGUGAAACCCUCACUCUAUACCAAAACGUGCAAUUCUUAACCACAUUACAUUCAACAAAGGUGAAUCUUCUAAGUGGGCUUGUUCCCAACUUAAAGUGAAACGUUUUUUACAAUGCUGUAGUUGUUUUAAAAUUUGCAAAUUGCAGUAAAUGAUUGAUGCUGCCGUGUACAGAACAUUUGGCUCGAGGCCACGUGUUUCGACAGUCUCAUUCUUGGAUUCUGAGUCAAAUAAUUGUUCUGAAUUUCAACCGCUUGUAAUUUGAGCAUGCAGAGGCUUUAUGACAUUUGAAAUCUCUCUACUUCUUGCAGGUACCUCAGUGGACCUUGAUCAAACAAGAACCUAUCUGGGCACUGUCGAGGGAAUGCGUACUUUUCAUCUUUUCCUGCGCGGUACUUCAGGACAGAAAAUCUUGCUUUUUUGGAUCGAAGCAGAGCGGUUCCGUAGGGUGACAAAAAAGGAGCACCGGAGGUUCGUUUUCCGCGAUAUUCAAGCCAAAUAUCUACGUAGUGGAUCCCCUAGGGAACUUCCUGAGAUCAUGAAAUGGAUUAGCAUAUGCGGGGGAACGCCCAACUUGGAAAAAAAAUCUUCUUUUAAAUUUCCGAAAAGUGUUUCUAGGCAAAUGUACCUCUCCGAUGCCUCGAUAUUUUCAGGGAACGUUUUCAUACCCGGGCAGAGGAUGGCUUUGGAGCGUUUGAUAAGUUAUUGGGUUCCCAAGUACAUAGAACACAAGAAACGUCUUGAGAAAUUUAUCGAAGAGAAACGCUGUCGUCAAUCGGUGUUAAGACCAGAGAUCAGACGAUUCUCGCUGGUUCAAAAUGUUGAGCAAGAAAUCCCACUCUCUAAAACAAAAUUUCAAGAAGAGAUCGACGAAUUUAUGGAAGCACAGCGCGUUUCUUCAACAGAGAGUGUCACAGAAACGGAAGAAGAUAUUCGCGCGAGGAAGUUGGAAGAAUGGAAGAGGUGGUUCUGGGAAGGUGUCGAUUACAACCUUACCGGUAGUGACGAUCAGGUUGAGCCACCUGAUGAUAUGCCGUUGGAACUGCGCCGGUUGGGAGGGGUGAGCUAUGAAUAUUAAUUCACUAGAAAGUGGCUCUUUCCUCCGCAGAGGCUACCGCUAGGUAUUCCAAUAAAAAUAGCAAUAAUUACAGAUUAUGAUAAAAAAUAAUAAUAAUAAGCGCGCGGUGAGCGAUGGGAAUAGGGAAAAGGUGGGAGCCUCUCUCCCUCUAUUUUCUCUUCCCAUCGUACCCUGUGCGCUCUCAUUUUUCCCUCUCCCCAAUCUUUCGACGACAAAAAGAGGCCUCUUCGGAGGAGAAAGAGAAGGUAGGAAGGUAGUCUAACAUAAAAAAGAUCUCAGCAGCUAGUCUUUCCCUAAAAAAGAUCUCUGUCAAUGGGUCUUAUUUCUAAACUUCCCUCUUUAAUCUUCAUUGAACAUCCCUUUUGUGAUGUUUUAGCUGCUGCUACACAAUAUUUUUUAUGGGCUUUCUGUUAGCCUGGAACGGGAUUCUUUUUUGUAUCUCGCCUUGAAAUUAGCCCCUUACCUUUCCUGUCGGAUGCACUCCUAAGUUGAAAUUGCUACUACAUGUAGUUACUGAUAUUAUAUCCUCUUUAGCGUUCAAUUGCAAUAAAAACACUGUUAAUUAUUGAAUCGCAUCAUUUGUUCACAUAGCAUACAGGUGGAGUUUUGCGGUCUCUUUUAAACUCUCAGUGAUAAAAAGCUGACUGCGGUUUUCUUUCUUUCUGUUUUCCUUUUGACGUUCAUUAGAUACGCGAAGCCCCACCUUCAAGUCCAGUUACUCCAGAACCAGAUGACGCUUCGUUGAAAGCUAUUGGCGAAGAAGAAGAGAACGAAAUGUUUCCAAAUUGGCAGUCAUUGGAGGCUGGAAACGAGAGGAUUGUGGGAAACAGCCUUUCGUUUCCCAACCCACCAACGUCACGUCCCAUCACACCCCUGGAGGAAAAGUCUAUAUCUGAGCCCGCAUUUGCAACCGCUGACUUCAUGAGGUGGCGAAGGGAAGAGGAAAAACCCGAGCAGAGUAGGGCUUAUAAUUAAACGGAGUUGCCUAAAUGCAUGCAACGUUAUUCAUUAAUUAUUUUGAGCACUUUUCUCAAAUUAUUCUCUUUUUGGAACUUCGCUAUGCAAUUGCAACGCAGUUUGCUGGUUACAACUCCUUGGAUAAAGAUGAAAGUUUAUCUCGAAAAGUUCGCUGUUAUUUGACCUUCAAUAAAAUAAACAAUGAACUUCUACUUAAGCUGAAAGAUCGAACAACUACAAAUUUGCAAAGCAGCAUAAAAUUUCAUUCUUUGGUUUAGUCUUUCGACAUUGAUAUGUUAGGUUAUUUCCAAAAAAAUUAUAACAGUCGAUAUGCGGUUUUUAGUAAACCUGAUUUAUAUCAAUUGUUGGUAGCACACCAGGGUUGGUGGGAGAAGAAUGUGUAUGGAAACUGUCAUUCGUUAAUCGGAUCGUUUGCUGGAGCUGCAAUGUUUGCCGAGCUGCCAUGUUCACUGUGUCGGUCAAUUCUUGUUACAGUUAGUUAUUCACUACCCGAUGUUUUUUUUCUGUGCAGAUGAAACAGAGGCCGCUGAGAAAAAAGAAUAUUUGGAAGAAAAACGAGUCAGCCUUCCUAAACUGCGACCUCCUUACGCGCAAAUCCUGUCAUCAGCUUCAACGAAGCUUAAGACCGUGUAUGAGGCACUGGCAUCACAACAAAGCCUUAUGACUGAGGAACUUUAUGAAUCAUCAUCAGAGAGUUCCUCUCCAUUUAGGUCGUUAGAAGGUAAGUAUCAAAGAACACCCGUUGUCUUUUCCCUCAAGACUACCUUUAAAUUCAUUAGCUCUUAAACGUUCUACAAACUACGCGAAAAGAUAGCAAACUAUCCAAAACUUUGAGGUUAUCUUAUUUUUGUCCCUGCUGUUUGGUUUCUAGCCUGAAUUUCAGCCGCCUUGUCGCGACGCUCACUCCCGAGAAAGUGAGCGACCUCAGGAGAUAGAUUAAACUCAGGCCAUUUGGUUUCCUGCACAGGCACGAAGCAUUUUAUUUUAUUUUUUCUAUACUUUUUAUUAACUGUGAUUUCUAUAUUUUGGAUGUGGCUUGGCUUUUAUUUGACUUAAUUUCAAUGGAAAAAGAGAAAGUGAAAAUAGAUAGGCAUACCACAGGCCUCCCGUCCAUUGAAAAAAGAGUAAACCUAUGCACGAACCUUUGGGUCCAGUCUCUCAGAGCAAUUAUAAAUGUAAAUAUAUGUACAUGGAGUUGCAAAGAAUAUCAAAUAAACAGGUUGCUGUACAGUAAUAAAAUAUGCAUUUUAACUCACGCAAUGACGAAAAGCCUUUUCAUACUCUGAGCCAGGCCAAUGUAUAAACAAAACAAAAACAGAAAACUGAGAAUAUAUGCGGAAAACUCUGUUGAGGAAACUAUAAACUGGAAUGUAUGGAUGAGACCGUAAAACAGUAAAACGUGGCUCAGGGGAUGAGAGCUCUAUGACACUUUUAUGCCGCAUUUAUACUCCGAGGGAGAAAAGCAAAGGACUGUAAAAGUCUCAUCCUUGCAGUGUAGCAGAUGAUUAAAGAGAAUUAACAAACCGAAAAAGUAUUAAAAUAAGAGUUGUUUGAAAUCGUAACAAACAAAGCGGAGAAUAAAAAGAGAAGCAAAGUAGUGACCUGAAAACUCAAAGAAUUCGUCAACUUACCUUGGAGCACGUGAAUUUCGAAAGCAGGUAGCCGCAUACUGAACUCGCUCUGCUAAAACAAAGGCUGCUGCAACGAAACCAAGUAAACAGGUAAUGCUAAAACUGGGCAAGGGGAAUAGGCGUUGCCAAACAUGUUUACUGUGGCGGCGAAGAUCAGGUCGAAGGUCAGGGCGAAGGUCGAGAAAAUCUUAAGCGAUGGGAUUGUCAUUGAUGAGCAAAACAAUGGCACUGCACGUACGAUUUCCUUUUUAUACAUUUCUUUGGCGCUCGAUGCAAAACAGUAGCGUUUAAUAAUUAGAUGGUUUUUAUAGAGAAAGUGAAAAAAAAAAGGAUUUAUUUUCCUUUCUCUCUGUGAACUCGAUGACCUCUACCGACCAAAAACAAAGCAAAAUGAAACAAUUUCAGUGAAAUUCAAAAGAGCUUGAUUUAUUUUUUUUCUUCUUUUAAGCAUGGUUUCCAUAUGAUCGCUACCAUCGCUGUGAUUGCUGCGAUCGCUGAGAAAAAAAAGUUCGGCGAUCGCAGCGAUCAUAGCGAUCAUAUGGAAACCACUUUCAAGCAAUUGUAGCGAUAGAAGCGACAGCGAUCACUGAGAUAGAACUUGAUCGUUGUCGCUGCGAUCGCUGGAGAGUGGUUUUCAUACGAUCGAAACGAUCGCUGAACUUUUUUUUUCUCAGCGAUCGCAGCGAUUGUAGCGAUCAUAUGGAAAACGCGCUUAAGCUUCUUCAUAAACAACUCGUAUUUUCCUUUUUGUUUCAAGCUUCACCACCUCAGUCUGCACUCCUGGCCUUAAGACGAGUUUCGGCUUCCCGUGUGAUCCCGUUCAAAGAGGUUGGACACGAAAUAGCAGCAAUGGUUAAUGAGCCACGGAAUGUGUACCCUAUGGAUACCCUCCAGCAGGAAAGACUUGUCCCCUUCAAAAGUGAUACUGGUAAAUGCUUUUCUGUUUUCUAGCCGUGGUUCCAGUUUACACUAGCUCCUGAAAUGUUUAAGUUUUGUCUGAUAAACCUGGCGCCAAGAAUUGUGUUUUUAGUUAAUAAAGUUAAAUGCCACCUUUGAAAUUACUGACCGAUUGGAACUACCGGUACUAUACCAAACGUGUAUUAUACGUUUUCUUCCCCUUUUUUGGGUGCAGAUAUAAGUGUGUCAGAUGAACUCAGUUUGCCUACGCUAGUUGCGAUGACUGCAGAUAAGUUGGCCGGCGGCCCUCUCCGUGAAUACCUAGAGAAAACUCAGCAAGAUCAAGCGCUUAGCAGCCUUCAGUUCUGGGAAGACGCUCAGCGGUAUUUGUCACCGUCAGAGGAUUUUGGCAGUUACAGCAAAUAUCACUCAGCAAAAACGCUUAUUGCGACCUAUAUCGCCCCAGGAUCUCCGCGGCAAAUAGAAAUGAGCAUGCGUGUUAGGGAUGAUUUGAUGCGGCUUCUCCCCGAAGAGAAGGGAGAUCAUUUGUUGUCCAGUUUCGUGAAGAAAUCAGUACAGGUAAUAUUUGCGUAUGCUUUUGUUAGUUUUGAUGGGCCCCGUGGUGUAACACCGGUGAUUCUUACAAGCGUUGACCUAGAAUAUAGAAAACUAACGUGGGCCGUUUAUUUUUAACACUUUCUAAAUAAAACCUAGUAGAUGCAUGGGUGGGUCAAGAAUUUUGAUCUAGGUGCAGGCGCUCACUUGAGAUACAUUGAGAUACUUAAGAUAAAUUGUUGGAAAGGGUAUCUUGGGGUAGGAAGAGGGAGGGGCUCUCACGACCCGCCCCUAGUUUAACGGUUUUUGAUAUGAAGACUGAUGCCGUGGUAUAUAUGAUAAUAAGACCUGACGAUUCGAAGCUGUAACAAAGCAUAACCGAAUUGUUUGGAAAAACAAUGCACAAACAAAAUUAACAAUGGAGCCCUGCCCUAAAAUAAAAGAGCUGACAUAUAAGGGGCCUAAUCAAAGAAGAUCACACCUUUUAAGACUGGGUGCGUGGGUACUGCCUCGUUGUAUUAUUUAUUACUGUUACAACGAAAAAACAAACUAAUAACAACGUAUUUUUCUUUCCUCAGUAUUUUUUGCUUUUUUACAGGCAGUCGCCUUACAGUGGUCUGAGUAUGUUCGUUCUGACGAGGACCAUUUUAUCAACAGCGUGGUAUGGUUAAAAUUACCUUAAGCCCGGAGCAGUGAAUCGAUAAAAAUCGGUAAAUCUGAUUUGAUUGAUAUCGAUUGUAUCGAUCAAUCGGUAGAAAUCGAUGACACACUAGCUUCGUUUAUCGAUUUAUCUAGAUUUUACCGAUUCCAUCGAUUUUUCUCGCAAGAUACAUCUGUUCUCCUGUUUAUCCAAAAACGAAAACAGAUUUCAUGUAAACAGUGAAUUUGUUGACAAUUGAGUUGCAAUUGGGAGUCGAAGGAUCAAAUAAUUCAUUGUCACUUUUUUAAAAAAUAGUUUACAAAAACCUCAUCUUUUCUUUAAAACCCACUUUAAAGUCUUCUUCCGGGAUGGCCGACAUUGGCCAGGUUUUAUAUUUUUCCCAGUUUUUCACGAUUUAGAUCAGCCGCCCUUUCAAGUUAUACUUCCCAGAGAAGCCAAUAGAGAAAAAUCAAAAUCGAUAAAAAUCGUUGGGGUUCAAGUGAUUUUAUAGUCUGCUACACAGCCGUUUUUAGUGUCGUCACGCAACGCUCCUCAAGCGUUGCGUGACGACACUAAAAACGGCUGUGUAGCAGACUAGUGAUUUUAUCGAUUGUUAACAGAAAACGGUAAAAAGCUAUCCAGAGAAAUCUUUUAGUCUGAGUUUUGGGCAUCCCUUCUACUCUAGAGGAUGUCUGAAAUUCAGGCUGGGAAAUCUUCUAUCUAAGGUUGUAUUUCUCGUGGUACUUGCCUGCGAGAACUGUGAAUGUAUGUGUUUCUGUUAUUAUGUACAAAAAGGUCACGAGAAUCUUGUGUCUGUAAUAGUUUCCACAUUUCUUCUUUUCAUGUUUGUUGAUCAGUUGUUACUCGUGGAUGUGUUUUCUCAGCUGUGCUAUUUAACUGAUGCCAAAAAAACAAAACAACAACGUUGGACUUACCGUUAUAAAUCGUUAAAAUCAUGAAAAAUCGAUUAUAUCGAUUUGAUAAAGCAAUUUAGUUUAUCGAUUUUCACCAAUUUCCGCUAUCAAUCGAUAAAAAUCACUUGAUUGCUAUCGAUUUUUAUCUAUACCGAUUUUUAUAGAUUGACAACUCCGGGCAGUAAGGCUCAUAAAAAAGAGACGCAAUCGUUUUUCAAAUUCUGGAGGCUUUGGAAUUUUUUUAUUGACGACAUUCCAACCAAUAAAUUUUAAUAAAUGUGAUGACGACAAUGACAAAGACAAUGAGAGUAAUGAUGAGAAUAAAGCUGAAGAUGACUAUGUUGUGAUGGUAACAAAUCUUGACUAUAUUUUUUUCGGAGGAAUAAAGAUAAUCAGAUAAUAGAUUGCGAUGGUUUAGUGAAGCAGUCUGCAAAACAUAUGCCCCUGAGGUUUUCCCCUUAGAAUAUAAGGUUUGGAUUAGCCUUUAUAACGCCUUUACUUAAGUGACAAUAUAUCAAUUAAGCGAGAAAGUGGUUAAUUAAGGGAGCCAUUUUCACGUCUCCUAACUGGAGACGGACGGGAUCUGCAUCGCCAUUUUACGUGGUCAUCCGAGCCACGUGAAAGUCUAGCCGUUUGCCGGGCAAAGACCGAGUACCUUAGUCAUUUCUCAGUUGUUUUCAGACGCUGAGUAUUUGUUCUGCUCCGGGAAUCGAGCCCGCGAACUGCUUCUCUGCAGUCAAGCGCUCUACCGACUGAACUACUAAGUCCUGCUGCGGUUUCUUGAAUUUUCAUAGGGAAUUCGAAGAAAGAGUGCUUCCAAGAAGAAAUAUAUCAGCAGUGUAACAAAACCAGGAUGCUCCGCUCUUCAAAAGUGGCGCGCUUUAAAAGUGGCAGUCAGUCUCGGUGUUUCCGGUAAGUUAGGGUAUGGAAUCAAAACUGUUGUUCAUUGUGAUCGUUCCCCCUUUACAAAACAGAGUCACUGUAAAACUGAAUUUAAAAUGUAAAUGUCAUUCUAGCCAAAUUUAUGAUAACCGCACCAGCUGGCAAGUCUAGGCCAACCAGCUUAACGUGACUUAUAAUAAAGGAAUUGUAAAGAAAUUCAGCUCUUACCCGUAAGUCUUCCAAGGUGACCCUCUUCUUGACUCCUAAUUAGGAAAGAAAUAUUCGUCGAUCACAAAGACACUCUCAUCUUAGUCAUCUCUAGCUUUGGGCCCGCCAAAUGAGGCCCGAGGCAGCUUGAGAUUUAAGCCAGCCACAAGCAGAGAAUUCAAAGCCAAAUCCCCCCUGACCUGACAAUAGCACACUUUUGUGACACACCCAUGGGAAGUUAGCUCAGGGCCUGAUCUUGACGAUGGGACCGACCAAGACGUAAAGUCCCCUGUGAAACUGAUUCUCACCGCAGUCACCAGAUUGCCAAGUUUCUGUGCGAAUAUUCUGGGUCAUUUUCAAGCAUGUUAAAAAAAUUCGCCUAGAAUUUUUAUAGCCGAAAUAACUAAUUGUUGCCUUCCUUCAGGUUUUUCUCUUGGACAAGGUGACGAGGAUGAAGACGAGAGUGAAGCGGUCGGCAAUGAUUUUGUGAUUCCAAGUUUGAGAGACUAUGAGAAAGAAAAGGAGAUAAUGAAUGCAAGGAGCAAAAGAUUUACGCAUUUCUAUGGACACGUGACAAGGCAGGGUGAUGACGCGUCUGAAGGAAAUAAGAAGUUGACUGGAAUUAAGAUGAGACCCCCGAAACCAAGGUGAGGCGGGGGGGUGAUAAUGAUUACUGGGGGAAAGGUCGGUAAAAUACCGAAAAAAAGGGGCACAAAAAUGUUUUCUCCCCCAAAAUUCAACCCCCCACCAAAAAAAAAAUUCCCCAAAAAAUUAUGACCCCCCCCCUCCCCCCCCGCACACACACACAGUUGCGAUGGCUUUUGAUUUAUGGCUUACAUAACAAGGAAUAUUACAUUUGAAGUGCACUAAAUGACUUGAAAAUAGGGGGCUUAGUAACCGGGGCUAAAUGACCGGUUAACCCACACCUUUUGCGAUUUCGUUUCAGAUCCUUCAUCGAUGUCAUGCACAACUCCCUUCAGCUGAUGUGGUUCAAGCGAUUUUUAACCGAGAAGCAGUGUGAAGCUCCUUUACUGUUUUGGCAGGCAGUAGAAAAUAUGAAAAUGAACUGUAAAGACGGCAAGGCUCGGCAGGCUAGAGCAAUGACAAUUGUUAAAAAGUACUUCACCAACAUUCCAACCACAGCCGGUAGGUUAUUACACUUCAUAAAAUAACUAAGAUAGUACGCGCGUUCUGAUUGGUUAAAAACCUAUGGUUUAUUGUGCCGGUAAACUCAUAGUUUUACUUAAAAUUAUUUUAUAAAAGCCAUAGACCACACUUUCUAUGGAUUUAAGGGCGUGAUAACCCACGCGGGAUGCUGGGAGAACACGAGAAAAGCUUGUAAAUCACUCGCAUUCGGCUCGUGAUUUGCAAGCUUUUCUCGUGUUCUCCGAACAUCCCACGUGGGUAAUCACGCGCGUAAACCCAUAGAAAAUGUGGUAUAUUGCUUAAGAAUGCAGCCUUAACUGCCAAAGGAAGUAGGUAACGUGCUUGAAUGGCUAGUGAACUGGACUAGCUUUUAAUCAGGAGAAACGGAAUUUUACAUAAAUAAUCUAGCUCCGAUUGUUUCACGGUAAAACCGAGUACAACUCUUCAGCCCGCGCUUGUAAAAAGCUACAAUCUUGGAUGUUGCUAUGUCUAGUUUUAAGAUAAAGCUCCUUAAAGCACUGGCAAUUACAAAUACUUUCCUCUUCCCCCAAAACACAACGUUGAAGUCCGGCUGGAUCAUUUCCGCCCCCCACUGAACAACCUUGCCCAGGGUGGGGUGAUGGAAGGAGUCAUCAGAGAAGCACCAAAUCGGUGGUAGAGGCGUUUUGUGCCCAAGAUUGUAUUUUUUUCGCAUUAUUCUGCAAAUUAGGUUUUCAAUUUUUUUGUUCAUAUUAGACAUAUUAACGUAUUUGGUUCCGGUGCCCAGAAGCUCUUCUGUACUAGCCUUUGAGGUACCACUACGGACCAAGGGGAAAUAGUUAUUACCUUCUCGCUCAACGGGACUGCAUUCCAGGCGAUGACCCAUACUAGCCAUUUGAGACCGUUUCAUUAACAGAUACCCCCACAAGAGAGACAUUUGUUUGUUUAAUGAGUCCCCGGCUGGUGUUUCUAGCAAGGAACAGAACAAUUCCCCAUGGUGUACAGAUGAACGUGAAAGUACUUUUGGCAUAAUUAAGACCAAACAGUCAUCUCGUUUUUGUUUUUAUAUGUUUGCAUUUUAGUCGAAUACUUACACUGCAAAGCUGAAAUCAUCAAGGACAUUCCGCUUCUAGACAAGGCCACCCCUCCGAUGCUUGUCUCAGCCCAGGCCUGCGUAGCCCGUUCCAUGGAGGAAAACUGGUAAGGAUUCUGCGACAGCUUCCUCCUUAGGCGCUUCGUUUUUCUCAUGGUAGAGGCGAGCGCAAAACGCGAGUGACUGGCGAUGAACCGCAAGGGACAUGGGAAGGGUACAGACGAGAGGUUUAGCGCCGCCUCGCCCGUUGUCCCCUUUCCGCCUUCCUUUGCGCGCCAAUUUUCAUCGAAAGAGAGACGUCUGGGUACGAGGCAGAUUCUGCGAUGAAAGUAACUGGGAGGCUGAAGGCCAAAACCAAAAAUUAACGAACAGAAUUCUUUUUAACCCUCAUAAGAUCAGGAUGUGCUUUAUACUGUGGAUCGUUCUUCUGCGGAUGGAAAUUUUGCAAUUUUUUUUUUUUGCUUUUUUGUCAUGCUGAAGAUCUCUUAUUCAAAGGGGAAACAUUUUUUCAAACUGUCUCCUCGCUGUUGUGUUGUCUUAUUUGUGGAUCUGUAUGAUAUGCGAAAUCGUCCCAAACUAGUAUUUUUUUCACUUUAGAGAAACCUUAACUCCCUGACUGGAAAUCCACCUACUUUCGAUAAGCCCUGUUUCUGGGUCUUUGGGGCAGUGAAAGUGUGUAAAAUCAGGUUAUUAGUCGUUUCUCUUUUUUUCUGGUAAAACUGAAUUUUUUGGUGAUGCCUUUCCAUGUCAGGUACGCUGAGUAUCUGGCAACGUUCCCAGAAGAUGAAGGUGAAGGAGAAAAUUUUACAAAGUACGCCAUGAGAAAUACACUGGCGGGAGUUUACAAGAUGGCUGCUCAUGGAAAAACGGUGAGGAGCGCUGACGUUUAUUCGCCAGUGUGUUUUUUAUUUGUUCUAAUGUUCUGUUUGUGAAUUCUCUUUCUCUAGAAAGGACUGUGGGCCAUGUUCGCUCACAAUGUCAUGUGUUUCCAGCGAGGGAUCCAUAAUUCGGAGUCCUUACAAGAGUUUAAACAGUUUCUGAGAAAGGAGUGCAAAGCAACAGUGGAGCAUAGUAAGUAAAGAGUUUGGCCAGAUUCGAGAUUUUAUCGGUCUUGUACUUGUUCUUUUACUUAAAUAUGAUUAUUGUCACCAGAUAUGUAAUUGAAUAGAAUCAAACAAUAAACUGAUCGCCUAUAUUUAAGGCAUUAAACACCCUGCUCAACUUAUUUAGUGCUAGAAAACAUGAAUCAAUUUAAAUGCACUGCAUGAAUCUUGUUUGCUUCCACUCGUGAAGAUAAAAGGGUGUGGACAACAUAUACUUGAGGACUAUGAGAUUUGAUUAUGCUCGCACGCUUAGUGACACAUAUUUCCAAAUCUCGUACUCGUGCAUGUGGUCCAUAAUAACAUCUUUUAACCAAAUGAGUAAGCGCCUUUUACAAUAAAAUUAUCUGAUAGAGUUUGAAUGUUUGUUUUUGGCCCUAGGAAUUUGAUUUGACGGAGAAACUUUUCUUGUGACAAAUCAAACACGAGUCGUAGUGUUUCAUCACUUAUCAAACACCAAAAAUAAAAUGGAAAAUACGACCGAAAGUGGAGCCUCGUAUUUACGAAUUUAAAGUGUUUCUCGGAAUGGGUACAAGGUUUCCGCGCAACGAUUUCUGAGAUCUCUUGGGUGGACAAGUGUUGGUUAUGAUUGGUCAGUGGUAUCCAUGGCAACCAUUGUUCAUCUUUCCACCGAAAGCUUGUACCCAUUCCCCUGAAAGUUUACUGAUUUUGUUUGUAUCUGGCAUUAGACCUGCGUCGUCACGCACUGCACCCGACACGGCGAGUGAUCAACAGCAAGUUCGUGAACACUGACCGUUUAAUCAGUGAUAUAGAGUUCUGGAUGGAAGUAGAAAGGUUCAAGUAUCAGGCUGAAAACGCCGCCGAGUGUGCAAGGUCGGGAAACUACACUCUGGAAGAUGAAAAUUUACUAUUGGAAAAGGCCAGGACAAUUGUCAAGUGUUACAUUGAUUCAGAUAUCCCGCCACGAAUUCAGGUUUGUUUACCCCUGGUUUACUGUUUUUGAAUCAGGAUAUUUUUGUUUAUUCGUCAUUGUCCGCUUCCUGAAAGAACGAUUAACGCUAAUCCAGGAAAAGAAUUUUAAUCUGCGAUUGUAAUUACCCUCCAUAAAACAAAACUGAAUGCAAGGCUGGCAAUACGGCAAUUGAGGCCAAUAUUUCGGCUAACAAAAUUAAUAAUAACGACAGUAAUAACUCUAUUUAUAUAACGCUUAUAUCCUCAACUCAAGGCGCUUUACUAUGUAACAAAAACGGGAAAAAAUGAAAUAAUUUACAUAUCACAGGCAUGGAAUAAAAAAAUAUGAAAUAUCUAUUUACAAUCCACAUAUUACAGGUCAUAAAAUCAUUUUACAAAAACAAUGACCCACUCUCUAAAAAUUGCCUAAAAAGAUAUGUUUUCAAUCCUUUCUUAAAACCAGUUAACGAUGGUGACUUACGCAAAUCUAAUGGUAGCGAAUUCCACAGUUUAGGGGCACACACUGAAAAAGCCUUGUGCCCGCAAGUUUUUUUUCUAACAGCUGCCAGAUAGCCUGGUGAAAGGUUAUUUUAAAAAGUGAUUUGAAAACUAGCCAAAGAAUUUUAAAAAUAAUACGUUAACUAACAGGAAGCCAGGUCAAAUAAAACAGGCGUAAUGUUAUCAAAUUUACGAGUCUGAGUAACGAUUCUGUGGCAGUGUUCUGAACAUAUUGAAGCUUCUUCAACUGCAUUUUCCUACAAUCGUAAAGCAAGGAAGAAAUUGCAAUAGUCUAGUUUAGACGUUAUAAAAACAUGCACAGCAAUUUCGCUAGACUCCCGUGUGAGAUAUUUUCUUAUCUUUGAUAAGUUCCUAAGCUGGUUUAACGAUGAUCUGCAAAUGUCUGAGACGUGCACGUCGAAUAACAUGUUGUAAUCAAGUACUACUCCCAGACUCCUGGCAUUGGCGGUGGUUGUCAGCUUCUCAUUACCCAUACUGAAGCAGCUGAAAAGUGGACGAGUAUGGUACUUCGAGUAAAUAAGCAUAAUUUCUGUCUUGUGAUUGAGUUUCAGCUCGUUUACGUCCAUUCAAUGACAGAUAACAGCGACACAGUUCUCUACACGCAGCUUUGCAACAUCGACAUCACAAUCUUUGAACGAUAUGCAGAGCUGAGUAUCAUCAGCAUAGAAAUGAUAGUCGACUCCAUGACUUCGUAUUAUCUCAGCAAGUGGUGCGAUGUACAACAGAUACAAAAUGGGACCUAGAACAGAGCCCUGCGGCACGUCCACCAUCAGACCCCUAACCGACGUUUUUGUAUCAUUCAUUUCGACAAACUGAGAUCGGCCAGACAGAUAAGAAUGAAACCACUGCAGAACAGUUGCCGUGAUCCCUUCAGCCAAACGACUUCUCCAGACGCGAAAGUAGCAAAGAAUGAUUAACCUUGUCAAAUGCCGCUGACAAGUCCAGUAGCAAUAGGGACACAUUGUCCCCCCUGUUCAGUGACAGUAAGAUGUCAUUUGUGAUCGUUAGUAGUGCGAUCUCUGUACUGUGGUUCGCAUCAGUUUGUACGCAGAUUGAAAACGUUCGUGCAAGCCAUUAACCGUAAGCCUUCCUUAAGGCCAGAACUACACUGAAAGAGGCCGUUACAGUAUCCUUUUUCAUCGUAGCGCUGGUCCUGAGGAAGGCUAAUUUUGUUAGCCGAAAUAUUGGCCUCAAGUAAAUCAACCCUAUGCCGUAUUGCCAGCCUUGCAUACAGUUUUGUUUUAAUUCUCACUUCUUUAAGUGACGUCUGACAUUAGCAUCUCUACAUUACAGAGGAUUAGAGAUCCGGCAAGAAAGAACCAGUCGGUUUUAUUUACGCGUUGAGUGGACCUCUACAUUCAAGAAGGGUUUUUACCCUCCUAAAUAUUGCUCAGAUUAACAUUUUGUGUUAUCAGUCCUUGCUUUCGGAGAGAAAGCUCAUAAAUUUUUCGUAAGCUCCAGUUGCAUGUUCCUAGUCAAGAACUCUGCGUAAAAAUUGGCUUAAGCCUGGAUUAAACUCAACUAUGUUUCGAUGCAAGGGACUCACGACAUGAUAUCAACGCCAAACGUUUCCCCGAACUGGCACACGUGAGCCUGCUCGCAGGCUAAUAGGGAGCUUUACAUCGACGACGGCAACUGCAGCGAAAACGUCAGUUUUAAAAUGAAUUCCCGUUUUUUCAAUCUUUGUCGCGUUUAUUUCAAUUUGAUGAAAAUGGCAAGUGUAGACAAAUUUCCCUGGAGUUGAUUUCUAGAGGACGCACUCAAGUUUAGAGAGAGAAAAAGUGAUUCGUCGUCGCUUGUUUACUUCCUCCAUAAAACUUGCAAUUAGGCAUUUUCACGUCGUAGUCGAGCAAGGACGGUAAAGAAAUGUACAAAAAGCGUGAUGCACGAGCAAAGUUGUUGUUUUGCGUAAUAAACCUAUUCCUUUUUUGACGUCCUCGUUGCCGUCGCCGUCGUCGUUGCUAAAGCUCCCUAACAUCAACGAGGAUGGACUCAUCUGUGCUUCCAAGUAUAUAUACUCCUAUAGCGUGUUGUUGUUGGUACUCCAUUCAAUCACAUUUGAAUUUUUUGCAAAAUAGAUAGGACAGGACAGUAGCUAGCACUGGGUAGCUGCCGUGUGUGUUUUAGUGUCGUCACGCAACGUUCCUCCCCACAAAGGAGGGGGAGCGUUUCGCGACGACACUAAAAAACGGUUGUGUAGCAGACUAUGUUUGUUUAAACCAUAUUGAAAAUAUUUUUUUCAAUCAAUUCAAAACGUAACGCAAAAAUCUCAGUAACGUUUAUUCCCUUGGGAGAUUGACUUGAUUUUCAUUUUCUUUAGAUAAACAUCCCUAAUGAUCUAGCAGAUAAUGUAGUUGGAUUGGUACAGAAUGGAAUUGUCGAAAGAGGACUGUUUCACGAGGCUGCCAUGUCCGUCUUCACUGCCCUUAUGUAUUUUUGGAAAAAGUAAGUCUUUGUUUACACGUUUAAUAAUGUUGUAGGUACAAAAGAAUCAGAUAUUGGAGGUGAAUUUUUUUGGAGAUCACUGAUAGCUAAUACAAUUUUCAAAAACGUCUCUCAGUGUUUAUUUUCUGAAAGCCAUCGUAUUCAUUCAUGUAGUUACCAGAACGAGCCAAGACGUAUUGUUCCAAAGGAUGAGGUGCGGUUCUUUUACUUUGAUUCUUGAAGGAUUGCAAUUAUAACUUCUCUGGUUUUUGUUGAUUAAUUCUUGCGCGUAAUUUGCACGCCUCCUUGUUUGGUUAUACAGGUUUAUUUUAUAGAAACACAAGUUUCCAAAUCACCUACGUCCUCAUAAACAGGCGUGGAAACCAAACGAGGAUCUUAUUUUCUCUUGAAGAUGCAAUAUCUAUAUUUUGUCACUGUCGUCUCAGCUUUUACCCCGUUCUAGGCUAAAAGACACCCUUUUUUAUCUGGGUGAGGCGGAGGAUAGAACAUAGCCGGGCACAUUUAUAUGUAAUGUGUCAUGAUUAUACUGAUAUCAUUGUAAAUCAGUUUAUUUUCAUUUUUACUUCCGGUCCAGUCUACCAUCAAAAUUUCUGCUGGCAAGAGAAUAUUCGGACCAUGCUUACCGGUUUUGGUGUAUUUCCUCUUAUUAUUAAACGGAGUUUAGUUUAACGAGUUCUUCCGUUGUUACUUUAUCGAGAAAGCCACAAUGUUCAGUCAUUACGCACCUGCGUGUUCCAAUCUUUCAGAAAGUCACCAAUUCUGGUGAAUUUACUUCAACGGACUGAAAAUCCCCCUCCUCAUUUUAUGAAAUGUUUUUUUUUCUGGCUGGAAAAAAUUGUCAGACGAUGGAUGGAUAGUUUGUAUGUUAUUUUUUCCCAAUAUAGGUCAUGUGAUACUACUCUAGGGCUACGUUCAGACGGUACCGGUCGAAUUUUCGACGGUUGAAAAAUUUUCGCGCAGUUCACACGAAACUUUCGAAUCAGCUUGAAUUUAUUUCAACUUUUGUCAAAGGUUUUACUAUCUGCCUAUGCGCAAUGCGCUACUUCAGCAAAUCCCAGCUGAGUAGCCACGCAUCCGUGCAACAACGCCUUUGCCGUACAAACAUUUACCCGGUUACAUUGUUCACACCUUGCCGUUCCAAUUUUCCACCGCACCCGUCAAAACUUUGACCUCAAGUUUUCGAUUACGUGGUUCCGUGUGAAAGGAACGGAUCAACUUUUAGGUUUCUGGAAAACUGCCCACCUACCCCUUCCCUAGCCCAACAUUUUGCCCUAAGUGAGAAGUAAGUAUUAAUGUUGACUAAGGGAGGGGUAGGUGGGCAGUUUCCCAAAAACCAAAAUUGAUCCAAGGGAACACCUAAAAGUACGAAUUUUCGACCAGUAUCAUGUGAACUUAGCUUUGAGAACUGUUUCAUUCAAAUUUCAUCUUAUUCCCGUACAUAUGUGCGCAUGAUUUAUGAAAACACAGAGGGUCAAAUUGCCCUGAGACCUUCAUUGAGGAAACAAAACAUACAAGCUAGAGAGGUCUAUAGGCCUUCGCGUGUAUUUCAAAUCUCAUCUCCCGUACAUUUUGUUUUUGCCUUAGGUUCUCGGUCGAGCGCACUUCUAAACUGGAGGAAGAAGUUCAGCCUCCCAGCACAGACAAACGGGCCAACUCAAGAAAACGAAUCAUGUCGGUGAUUGAUGGAAUACCUUAUCGGAAAAUCUACUUAACAAAUGGUAAGCAA